UUCACCUACCUGCCAUGAGCAAUCUUACUUCCGCUUAUACGAGGGUAUAAAUAACGGGGGACGCCGGCUAUCGGGCGUCAGACGGAACACGGUAGCCGGCAUGGACAGCAGAAUUCUUUUCUUGCUGGGUCUGGCCAUUACAGUGUACGGAGGAGAGGAAGGACCUCGUGUAGUACACGCGAGUCAAACGGUGUCACUUACAGUAGAACGUGCUACCGAUGCUGCCCACGUCAUAGCGGAUGACGGAUACCACGUUGCACUUCCCGAGCACGCCGCUGCCCAAGCUGGACAUGCUGUACAACAAGCUGGACAUGCUGCUGAGCAAGCUGGACACGCAGUAUCGAAAGCAGGAGACGCUGCCACUAAGGCUACCCAUUCAGUAUCGCAUGCGACUCACAUCGUAUCCCAGGCCGGACGUGCAGUGUCACGAGCCGGGCACGCUGUCGCGCAUGCAACGCAUGCGCUGACGCGAGCAGGGUUCGCUGCCUUGCAAGCUGGUCAUGCUGCCCUGAAGGCUCGUCAUGCAGUUGCACAUGCUCGCCAUGCAGCUGCACAUGCUGGACAUGCUGUUUCAGACGCCGAGCACACUAUUGCGCUAGCAAAGCAAGGCACUAUAGAGUCUAGCGCCGACGCCCGGAGUGACGUCCAUGCUUUCCACGAACCGUUUCCUAGUUCAGAACCAGCUCGUGGUGUCCUAGCAACCGCAGCGAAAGCUGCGGAUGUUUUUGCUGCAGUUCGUAAUCCAACGGGGCUUCUAGCAGUUGGCCACGACAUGGUUGAAGACAUUACAAUUAACUCCCCUCUCUCCACAUUGGCCAUCUUUAAGCAACCCUUGAGAAUGGACUACGUUAUGGCACCUAUAUUCGCCUACGGUGAACCCCCUGUGAGCACAGUUUACCACGCUCCACAUCCCGCGGAAACUGUUGGUCACACUGCAAUUGCUGGCAUAGAUACAAAAUUUGCCGACGUUGAUGCCAGGGUGAACACCAUUGCAGGUGGAAAUGUCCAUGUAGAUGAAUCCUCCAGCGGCAUUAGUGUCCGAAACGGCCUCGGACUCAUAACUGGACUAGGGGAAGGUCUUGGGAAAUCUCUCAAAGAAGGUCUCCUUAAUCGCAGUGGUGCAGAAACGCAUGUGGGAAUCGGCGUUACCGUUUCUAAAACGGCAUAUUAAGCCACGAUAACUAGUCAUUCAGGCUAACGGCUGGUGUGAUAAGUAAUUACAAGGAAGCAUGCAUAUGGUUUGUGUCUAUUUGUGCUCAACAGAACUCUCGAAGUUGUGCGUUCUCAGAAAAGAACCGUUGCAAUUUUGACACGUUACUCUGUACUGUGUACGUUAAAUGUGACACCCCACGUGCGACGAAUUUCUGGAAACAUAGAGGAAAAACUGAGAGGGGAGCGGAUAAACUAUUCUUCCUGCAGUCACUAGAAAAGCUUGGCUUACAGUGAUUCGCAGCGGAUGACUUCGAUACCCACUGGAUCAUUCCCUGUGCAACCGAGCGCUCUCAUUCUGCAAGAGAACGCAUAUAUGGCCUGCGAGGUUGACCGUCGAUGUGCUGUUGGCUUUCAUUCAUACACCGCGUUUGCAAUCAUGGCUUCGUAAUUAUUAGGCCCCAUUGCACUGAAGACGCUACUCUGUCAUUUUACGACGUACGAUCAAUAUACAACUGAUUAUUUAUUUCAACAAGAGUGGUACUCGUAACAAUUUAUUGCAUAUCUCACAAAGUGACUGUAGGCGAAGUUUCUAUAGUGACUGUGGACUGCCCUUGCACGCAUCAAGAGAUCA